AUGAAUGCAGUUGUGAAGGUCGCCAAGGAACAGAUCCGCUGUCCCGUCUGUGGAGAUUCAUUUACAGAACCCAAGACUCUGUCAUGUCUCCAUUCUUUCUGUAAAAAAUGCAUCGCAGACCACAUCAUUAAGACGACGAAGAACCAAUCCGAUCCAGCGGCUUUCAGUUGUCCAGUGUGCCGGAAGGAGACUCCAAUGCCACCUGGUGGUUCGCAGUCCCCUUCAUCAUGGGCCGACAACCUGCAGACAAAUACAACAAUAUCUAAAAUACUGAAAGCGUUUGAAAGCGAGUCCUUGUCAAAAAACUGCACAUAUCAUCCAAAUAAGGAAAUAGAAUUUUAUUGUGAAGACCACUUUCUCUCUAUCUGUUCAUUGUGUGCGACCAUUACCCACAAGAAAUGUGAAGAUGUGAUUCCAAUAGAGGAGGCGGCCAAAAGACGCCAUGCAGACAGUGGAAAACUGAGCAGUUUCCUGCUGGAACAAUCCACACUCGCUGAGAAACUUCUGACAGACAGAAAAGGGCAGAUAGAAUAUUUAGAACGGACAGAGUUGGACAUUAAAUCCCACUUAACAAGCUUGAGAAAGAAAGUCAUUGAAAUCUUGGAUUCAUUUGAAAAUAAGGUCGCUGGUGAACUUGUACAGAAGAAGAAUAAAGAAAUUGAAUUUAUAAAGCUUGAAGUACAGACGUGCGAAAAUAUUUUGGAAGAAACACGGAAUGCCUAUGAGUCUUUUCAAGACGCCGUCCAAAAGGAAUCACCAACAGAUUUUGUCCUGACAUACUUGAAGCAAGCUGAGAUGUUCCAACAAAGACAAAUGGCAAUUGGUAGUUUCUGCCAGAACCUGAAGAAUGUGAAAAUCAUUUUUACCGCCAACAAAGUGACAGAACAGGCUUUAAGACAAAUUAAAUCUCUGGGAAAACUACAUGUCGAAAGGACAGCAAAUCGACAUGCUUUGCCUUACGCGAAAUCGUACACAGAGAGUCGGCAAAACUUAUUACAAACACCAAGGUCUGUUUCGUCUUUACACCGAGGAACUACACCACUUCGACCAAUGUCUGGGGCAUCCACAAUUAUUGGUGAGUCCCAGUCACUUCCGGGAAGCAAAAGACGCCCUAUCUCAUUCCGACCACGAGCUUAUUCAACCCUUCCAAAUACGCCGAAGCUACAACCUAUACAACAAAGACCAGAUACCUUUAAACAAGAUAUCCUACCAAAUAAAGAAGUUCUCACAUCAAGAAUUCCAAGAGAUCUGUCCCAAUCUAGACCAUCUGCAACAAAUAUUUCAAACAAUGUAAAAUUGAUUAGAGCUAAACUAAAAUCCACGUUUGACGCGUCUACUCAAGAUCAGCAUGAAUGCUCAAUUGAAGGAGCAACAGUUUUGAAAUCAGGCCAUGUGGUGCUCGCUGACUCCUAUCACAGUUCAUUGAAGUUGUUUGAUCCACAUUACAACUAUCUUGGCUGUAUCAAAUUCUCUACAGCCCCCGGUGACGUCACUGCAAUUGCAGACGACGAAGUUGUCGUCUGCCUACCCGAUACUAUGCAACUGAAGCACGAAAAGCUCCAGAAUAAUAAAUUGGUCCCUGGGGAAUCACUUGCAGUUAGAGACAAAUGUAAUGCUGCAAGUUACAACAACGGAAUUCUUGCUACCUGCUCCGGUAGCACAGUGCACGUUUUCAAGAGAGAAAACGCGCGCUGGAUAAGAAUUCUUUCGCAGAAACUGGAUGUGGACAAUUUAAUGUAUAUUGCCGUUGACAAGGAAGGAGAAAGAAUCGUAGUGACCAAAAAUGGGUAUCCAAAUCGCCCUGUGCUCUGUCUGAACAAAAAUGGUCAAAAGAUCUGGAGUUUUACACACGAAGAGCUCCGUCUGCCAAGGGGCGUGGCCUUCUACAAAGACCAAAUUUUGGUUGUGUCCUGGGACCAGCAGCGCAUUCUGCAACUUAGCAAAGAUGGUCAUUUGGUAGGGACUGUCGUACAUGACGGACUGCAAUGGCCAUGGAAACUGUGCAUUAGCCCCAUGAAUGACAAACUGUUUGUCACCCAAUGUUAUUACAGACUCACUUUGAAAGAGAAAAAUUCAAUUAAAGUUUUCUUGUUGAAAUGACAAAUCAGGACCUUGCA